GACUGCCCUCCAUCAAUUCCAGACUGUCUAGGAAGGGAUCAGCAAGCAGGAGAACGAGAAGAUGGGACAGGUUGUCUACUUUGGCCUGUGCCUCUUGGGGUGCCUCAUCUUUGGAUCAAGUGGCACCAUAGUGGAAGGUGAAGCCUCUUUGUUUCUUCCAGAUGCCAGUGAUAAAAAGCCGGCUUCAAAAUCUCCGUGUCCUUCUCAGGCAUUUUAUUUCAGACAAUACUGCUAUGAGUUUUUCGGAAAUUCAAUGACUUGGGACUUAGCAGAGAUUGCAUGUCAGAACCACAAACGUGGAAGUCACCUGGCUUCCUUUUCCAGCAUGAGGGAGGAAAAGAUAGUUUCUGCCCACAUCAAAAGCCGUAGCUCUACCUCCUAUGCCUGGAUUGGUCUCAGUGCUACACCAACCUCCUCUGGACUACUCUGGGAAUGGACUGAUGGAUCCCCAUACGCCUCUGGGUCACCUCUCUGGGACAGCCGGAGGCCCAGCACAUCCACCUCUUCCUACGAGUGUUUGAUGCUUUACAACAUCCAGAGUUCAUCAUCUUCUACCAGAUGGCUACAGCAGCCCUGUGACUACUCCUACCCAUACGUGUGCAAGUAUAAGCCCGGGUACUAG